AUGAGGAUAGUGAUACAGAAGGUCAGCCAGGCCAUGGUGAAAGUGGACAAUGAGAUAGUAUCUCAAAUUGCCAAGGGGUAUAUGCUGCUUGUUGGUAUAAGCACAGAGGACACAAUUGCCGAUGCGCAGAAGCUCUCCAACAAAGUGCUGAACUUGAGAUUGUUUGAGACGGGCGACCAGUUCUGGAAGCAUUCUAUCCAGGACGUACAGGGCGAGAUCCUGAGUGUCUCGCAGUUCACGCUGAUGGCGCGUACCAAGAAAGGUAACAAACCGGAUUUCCACAAGGCUCAGAAAGGGGAGCACGCACAGGAGCUUUACAACCAGUUCCUGGACCUGUUGAAGACCACACUGGGCGCAGACAAAGUCAAGGACGGCCAGUUUGGCGCUAUGAUGAGCUGCUCAUUGACCAACGAGGGACCAGUGACUAUCAUUCUAGACUCUACAGAGUAG